AUGCCCCUGAACACAUGCGAAUACCAGCUGCUCUUUCUGAUCUGUUUUCUGAUGAAAAGCUGUCAUUCUUUCAAAAACGACGGCACUGAAGUGUUUAGUGGGCAUCUGGUGUCAUCAUCUUCAUCCGUCGAGACUCCGAAUAAUGCCUCUUUAAAUCGAGCGCGCAAUGGGGGAAGACGCGCGGACACCCGAGACCCAACCGAACAGCACCAGGUCGGUUGCAGGGAGCUGAGAUCCACUAAAUACAUAUCAGAUGGCCAAUGCACUAGCCUGAAUCCUGUGAAGGAGCUAGUUUGUGCCGGGGAAUGUCUCCCCACCCACCUGCUGCCCAACUGGAUCGGUGGAGGUCUUUACUGGAGCAGAAGGGAUGCACAGGAGUGGCGCUGCGUCACAGACCGCACACGCACCCAGCGCAUUAAACUCAAGUGCCAGGACGGCAGCACUCGCACCUACAAGAUCACUGCUGUUACAUCCUGCAAAUGCAAGAGAUACACGCGCCAACAUAACGAGUCCUCUCAUGCAUCUGAGAGUCCCUCAAAAGCGCAUUCACUCCAGGACCCUGGGAAGAAAAAGAGCAAAAAUAAAAAUGUAAAGCGUAAGCCUAAAAAACAACUGAUCUGA